AUGCGUAGUAAUAGUGCUUAUUCUUAUAAUCAUCAAAGUACACAGGCGCCAUCAAUGUUUUCAGCAAACUCAUCGGAUGAUGAUAGUGAUGAGGAUGCUGUAUUCGAACCAACAACACCACUCGAGACGUCUGCGGACGAUGCUCGAAGUACACCAGAGACGCUUAUUCCAUGUGAAUUUUGUCAAUUGCAACAACCGAGUGAAAAUUUACUGCACCACGAGCUUUUAUGCUCACUAAACCCAAGUCAAACUCGAAGAAGACCAUUAAACCGACGUAAUACAACUUCUGGACGUCGUCGUCGUGCAGUCUCUGAUUCUGUGUCACCAUUACCUAAUGCACCAUCUUGUACACCACCUCGUACGCGUAGUCCAUCACCGACUGAAUAUUCUGAAGUAUCAAAGGACUUCAUAUGUCCCAUAACAGGCACACUUUUUCAUGAUCCUGUUGUUGCUAGUGAUGGUCAUACAUAUGAACGAGAAGCUAUUGUUCGUUGGCUUCAAAGAGAAAGAAUAAGUCCAAUAACACGUGAAGCGAUGUCAAUCGAUAAAAUUAAUCCAAAUCGUAUUAUCAAAAGUAUGGUUGAUAAUAUUCGGGCUGAAUAUCAACGAAAAAAAUUACUUUAUAAAUAUAAACUUGAUGUUGAUGUAAAAAACUCUGAACAAGUACCUUUUAGAAAAACACCUACGAAAGCAUUUUAUCGAGCAGAAUGGAUUAAAAAAACUUCAUCAUCAAGCGAUUCAACUAUUACUCUUAUACAUUUAACUGGUGAAAAUGCAGAAAAAAUAGCAGAAAUCAAUUGUUGUAUGGGAACACAUCCAAAUAUUGUUCGAGUAUUAGGUAGAGUUGAACAUAAAGAUACAGGUAUUCUUCUUCUAGUAGAAAAUUUAAGUGAAGAAACACUUUCUCAAUUGAUGGAAAAGUCCCAUCACACAUUAUCAAUUAAUGUUCUUGAUAUUAUACUUUAUCAAAUUACUUCAGCUCUUCAAUAUCUUAGUGAAGCUAAUAUCAUUCAUGGCAAUAUUAGAGCUAAUAAUGUACUUAUUUAUCAUUUGGAUGACGUACCACAAAAUACUUUAGUUAAACUAAUAAAUAUUGGUGAUACAGAAAAAUCAGCCAACAAUACUAAUGUAGACUCAGAAGCAUCAUCGAAUGAAAUGCAUUCUGAAAAAUCUGAUGUAUAUACAUUUGGCAAACUUGCUCUUGAAAUGUAUGCAGUACAAUUAGAAAAAAAUGAUAAAUAUUUAAAAGAACGCGAAACUUUAUUUCAACGUUGUUUGGCGUUUGAUCAAAAUGAACGGCCCACAUUUAAUGAAUUAACAGAAGCUAUAAAUAAAUUUGUUAAUGAAGACAAAUCUAUUUUAAAAUCUAAAUCGAAGUGA